UAGUCACAAGUCACCCACACUAAUAUCAAGAUAACACUUGAAUGCACAUACUAGUAUAGUACUUGGAGUUUCCGUCUAUCAAGAAAGAAUCUAGUGCACAGGUCACUGUACCGUUGACAGACGAUGAAUGAAAGCCAAGAGAAGAAAAUUUCGUCACCAUCCGUAGGGCGUCGCAGAUGGAGGGGCUAUAUCGUCAUAGUGGGAGGUAUACUGGUACACCUGUCCCUCGGAACGGUCUACACGUUUGGAAAUAUGACCCCUUACAUGACGUCCUACAUGAGGAAAAAGAAUGUGUCUGCUGAGUUGACGUAUGCGGACAGUCUAUGGAUUUCGGCAGUUGCCACAAUGGGACAGGGAGCUAGUGUUUUCAUUGGCGGGAUUCUACAGAGAAAACUGGGAACAAGAUUGACUACACUGCUUGGCGGAUGGAUAUCAAGCGCCGGUGUGUUAUUGACCUACUUUACCAUAAAGUCCUCCUUUGGUCUGACGGCUCUCACAUAUGGCGGCCUGUUUGGCUUUGGAGUAGGCAUCGCUUACGCUUCCCCUAUGGGAUGCGGGAUGAAGUGGUUGCCUGAUAAAAAGGGGCUGGUGAAUGGCCUGGUGGUGGCUGGGUUCGGUGGUGGAGCAUUUGUAUUUGAUCAGGUACAGACAGCUUACCUCAAUCCGUCCAACUUGGUGGCGAAUAAGGCAGCUGGUCAUGACAAAUAUUUUGACCAGGACAGCAUACUAGACAGGGUACCCUCAAUGUUUCUAAUACUGGGAGGAUGUUACGCCGCCAUGCAGCUUAUCGGGGUCAUCUUGUUAAAGGAUCCACCGGAGGGACUUAACGAACAGAUCAAUCGCAACGACGAGGAAACACGACUGAUAUCGUCGAUAGCAAGUGUAGAUGUGAAGAAUACCGACUUGGCCCCAAGACAGGUCCUGAAGAAGAAGGCUUUCUAUAUGCUUUGGUUUCUCUAUUUGUUCAAUGGACAGGGUAUCCAGUUUAUAUCGUCUCUGUAUAAGACAUAUGGACAAACGUUUAUUAAGGACGACCGUUUCCUGGCCAUUGUUGGUUCAUUGGCUGCUGUAUGUAAUGGCGGAGGACGGAUACUUUGGGGCUACCUGGCAGAUAAGUUCUGUUUCAAGGUAGCCUCAAUGAUGUCCUGCGGAUUAUUUUGCGUUUGUAUACUUACAUUUUCCCUGACAGAAAGAGCUGGUUCCGCUCUAUACCUUGUUUACGUAUGCGUCCUUUUUCUCUCAUUCUCCGGGAAUUUCUCACUACUACCAACAGCCACAGCAAAAUGUUUUGGACAAAAAUACUACGUCAUCAACUAUGGAUUUGUUUUCACAGCAACGAUUGUUACUAGUCCUAUUGGCGUAGUACUUACAUCAAGUUUACAAACUUCAUUAGGCUGGUAUGGACUCUUCUUCAUGGUAGCAGCAUUUUCCUUCACAAGUUUUCUCAUUUCAUUAUUUUUCAACGAAAAGCGAGGAGAUGGAAGAGACAUAUAAAGGCAAGGCUGACAGGACAGACGAAUACAGAACUGACUCUGAAGUUUUUAUAUAACACAUGUGUUGGAAAUAGAAGUUUCCGAGUCUACUGUAGACGUGGUUAUUUCCGUGGUGGUUUAAUUUCGCGAUUUCACCAAAGUAAACCUUACUGGUGGGGUUUAAUUUCGUUUUACACCUGUCCCAUAAAUACCACAUACACCACAAAUAACUACGCAUGGGAUUUCUUUUUUUGCAACUGAAUAGCCUUGGUGUAUUUGGAGUAAAUUCCUUCCUCUCUUUCAAACUCCCUUCCACGUUUGCAGUAAUAGAGCCCUGUCCAAACCUUGUUUCGCCCUACCUGUGCAUUAUGUGGUGAGGGGCCGCGGUGGCCGAGUGGUUAAGGUGUACCGACACUUUAUAACUAGCUCUUCACCACUUGGUUGCGAGUUCGAAACCUACGUGGAGCAGUUGCCAGGUACUGACCGAAGGCCGGUGGUGUUUCUCCGGGUACUCCGGCUUUCCCCCACCUCCAAAACCUGGCACGUCCUUAAAUGACCCUGGCUGUUAAUAGGAUGUUAAACAAAAACAAACAAACAUUAUGCGGUGAAGUAGCCAAGCCAUUUUGAUUAUGAUGUGCUUUUUUGUCUGUAACAUGUGCGACGGUGCCAAUAUUUAUCAGCUAUGCUUCGAUGACUAGAUAUGAAUUUAGCAUUUUCUUCAGGGAGAGUGACAACUAACAUUAGUUUCCAAAGUGCAUCAAACACUUAUAUCUAGACAUCGUGGUUUUCUCGCUGGGAAACAUGAAUUUUAAUGAUCAAGUUUAUGACCUGUGACGUAAAACGUGUCUGUGAAUUUGUCUGUCAUUAUGCCCUGAUGUCCAGAAGAGUCCCGAUGAAUACAUGUGCGAUAUGUGCGAUUUUUUUUGUUCUUUGUAUUUUAUUGACAUGCCUGUACAUAUUGUAUCUUUAAACCUAGUUUUUAUUUCAAAAAUGAUAUUUCAUUUUCUGAAACAAAUAUUUCUAAAGAGUCUGUGAUUUUAUAGUAUACUUGCUUUUAUUUAGCAAUAUUACUAUGUACAGAGAUGACCUCGUCAUUUAUGUUUUAUUUAUAUAAAUGUAUUAAAACGUUAUGAACUUUC